AUGAUAAACCCUAAACUCUCUGAGACUCUACCCACCAAUUUUGGUAGCAUCCGGAAAGCCAUAAAAGAUAUGGAGUAUGGCGGAUAUCUCAUUCCGAAGAACUGGCAGAUUUUCUGGGUUACGGGCAUGACACAAAUGGAUGAUACCAUAUCUCCAGAACCAUCAAAUUUCGAUCCAAAUAGAUUUGAGAAUCCAGGUUCACUUCCACCUUACUGCUUCGUUCCAUUCGGAGCGGGACCCCGAGUAUGUCCCGGAUACGAAUUUGCAAGGAUUGAAACCCUUGUUUCGAUUCAUUAUCUGGUUACUCGGUUUACAUGGAAGCUACUAUGUUCAGACAACUCUUUCAGCAGGGAUCCAAUGUCCGUCCCGGCUAAAGGAUUACCUGUUCAAAUCAGUCCUAGGAAACUGAUAUGA